AAAUCCAAACUCAAUCUUGAAAUAUGGGGUUUAUCAAGAGGAUCCAGCAAUUCAUCAAUUAUUGGUACGUGAGGUACCUCUUAGUGACGGAGCUGUACAUGGUCGACACAUGGGAAAAGAUUGUAGUCCAUAUUCUAUUCGGCAUCAUCUUUGUCAUGUUCUGGUAUUUCAACUAUUCAAUCAUCGUGUCCGGGAUCAACCAGCUCCGCUCCUCGACAGCACACGACGUGGAGCAAAUAUUAUGAGCGGCCAUUAACUACAGCCGAGACCUCAAACUAUUGUUAAAUUAUUAUCUAGAUGUUAUGGUGGGUUAAGUUUGAAUAAGGAACUUGUGCAAAGAGCGGUCGCCAUUUUGUUUCAUAUUUCUUGAUGUAUUAAAUGUUUUUAAUAUUGUCUUUGGCCUUUUGACUAGACACUAUUUUAAUAUAUGCACUUUGAUAUCUCGUAAUAAAAUAUUCAUAACUGUCGUGCUUUCCUAUAUCUGCGGAAUUCGAAGACAUAGUUUUAAUAUCUAGCUAGACCAUAAUAUACUAUUAACUAAAGAUGGCAUGGCCGAAGUUACAAUGUAUACUAGUUGCCUUAUAUUAUGAUAUAAAAUUAUAUUUUACUAUGAACUAUUCAAGUUACAACAAUAAGUAUUGUGUGGCAAAUCCCUUGAUAAGGUAAAACUGGCCAAUGGUUGAUAACUUCCUUGAAAAUAUGACUCAUUGCAUUUAUGGGUAUUGAAAAUUAUCACUUGGUGUUGUACUUUCUGAUACUUGCACUAGUGUUUAAUUGUUAAAUAAAAAGUUUAGUUAAAGGGGAAAGAGGGAUCUCUAACUAAAUAAAGUUUUUUCAUUCCAUGAUUACAAAUAAUACCAAAAUGAAUAUUAAAAUAUAUACUUUUAUUUAUA